UCGAAUGUGGGUGCGGUUCGUUAGAAAUCCACUCUUGACUUUCUCUGUCAGUAUACAUAUAUUCACUUUUUCAUUUAUUAUAUCAUAAGAACUCAUAAUUUUAGAAUACCACGUUUAAUAAUUGAUGUUAAUAAAUUGAUAUUUAUUGAUUUUCACUUGGUCACCACAAAAUGCAAACAACAAACAUCAAUAUACAUAUGUCAUACAACAAAAGGUGGUGUGGUUCGUAUUAAUGAGAGAGAGAUCAGUACAAUCGGUGCAUUAUGAGGAAAUUACUAAUAAAUGAGAAAAAUAACUAAAAAGAGUUAUUAAAAAACAAAUAAAAUACACACUCACAAUUACUCAAUUACAUGUACACAAGCGCGAGCUCUCCUUUUUGUGUGUUAUUGUUUUUAUUUGCUCACCUCAGCUUGCAAAAUUCCUUGUGAAUUGCUUUGCGUGAACCAACAUGGUGUGAUGAAGAGCACAGGCUGCCGUUAUUCGUGUCAAUUGAAGGUAAACAACUAUUGGAACAAAGUGAAAAAUCAGUGUGUUUGGUGCAUUAUAGAGAAAAUUUGUUAUUAAAUCGGAAAGAUUAUUGAAGAAUAAUUAAAAUAUUAAACAAAUUAGUAAGAAUAUAGAAAAAGUGUGUUAUGAGGAAUUUUAAAAUAUAGAAGUUAAAGUGCAAUAGUUUUAAUACUAGAAAAAUAAAAGCUUCUGAUGUGUGGAAGUGAAUGUCAGCAAAUCCAAAUCGGAAAAGUUAAGUAUAUAGAAACUGAGAUGUAAAUUAUAGUCGAUUUAACCAAAUGGGAUUUUCCCUGCUUGACUAAUCACUUGCAGUUGAAAGAAGGUAAAGAGGAGGCAUUUUAACGCUCAACUAAAAAUUUACAUUUAAAAGAUUAAGCUGGAGUAUAUAAGCAUUCUAUAAAUUUAUCAAAAUGGACACAUUCCGUAUGCGUCGCUCAUCGUUUUCCCGUUUUGGGUCUGUAGGAAAGCAGGAACCACUUAUUGUGGUCGAGGAGUCACAAUUGGUCGAAGAAGAAGAUCGCGAUAGCUCAGAAACACCAUCGAAUAAAGCUAGUUUGGACAUUGAUUCACCCGUAAAUCCUUAUUUACUCUCACCAUGGCGAGAUCCACGUGAAGGACGAAAACACUCCUUGCCCUCACAACAGGUCACUGAGGGCAUCACUGCAAGUCAGGUGCGCCGUUUAUCAGAGCGUGGUGGUGAAGGCUCCGGCCCAUCACCGAAAGAAGCCGCUUUCCUAGCCACAUUGUCACAGGCACCAGCACCAUCCGGUCGACGUCACUCUGUCGUAACGAUCUCUAAAGUGCCAACAACAUUGUUUGGUCGCUCACGUCGUGAAUCAGUUGCCGCUUAUCCAGCGGGUAGCAGCCGAGUACUGAACUCUCGCCGCGAAAGCAAAACCUCAACUGGACCACCAUCCACAGAUCCCAUUGGCAGUAUACACAAUCUACAAUUGGACAUAAUGGACGACAUAGUACAAUCACGUAAGGCACGCAUGAAACUGUGGAAUACAAGCAGCGAAAAGGUUUGCGAAGUGCAAACAUUAGAUGAAGUUGGUGGUGGAACACCGCAGCGUUAUACAAAUCGCCGUUAUUCGGAAUGUGUGUCCGGUGGCACCUCACCAGCACCCAACAUGAGACGCGCCUCGGAACACCCAGCAAUCAUUUCACCAUGCAUUUUACAACCGGGUAGCAAUCGUUCCUCCACCAAACGUAAGAAGAGUGGCGGUCUACUAAGUACUUCCAUUUUUAGCGCACUCACCUCGUCAGCCAUCGAGAUCAACAAAUGUGAGGAUACAAUACCGACAGUAGUUUUGCCGUCGUCUACGAGCGCUAGCUCAACUGGUGCCACCGCUAAAACAAAACCAACAACAAGUGGGGGUUUAACAGCGACAGGUGGUGCUGCAGCAACCAGUAGUUCGUCAUCGAAUCUGCUCGAUCCCAACGCGGGUCGCUCUACGCGUUCGAACAGUUUCGAUGUUUCCAUUCUCAACAAUGCCAAACAGUUGGUAAGCAAUGCACAAGACAAUAGCUCAGCCGCUCUUUCCGGUUGGUUUGAGAAACGCCACCAACCGAUGGCACGCAAAAAGAGCAUACGUAGCAAAAGUACUGCUAUGGCGCUGUCGGAAGAUAUGUUAAAACGCUUGCAAGCAAAAGAUGUGUUACGUGAGAGUAAACCGAAGUUGGUGCCACGGAGCAAGCAAAAAAGCUGGGCGGAUACGACAAAAGGUACAAUUGUGGACGCGACUGUGAUUGGUUCGGCAAUUGAGGGUUUCCUACGAAAAGGAUCGGUAUCGGGACCUUCCGGUAGUUCGGGUAGUUCACCAAAAACUAGUAACACCAAGUCGAGUGGUCUACUGAGUAAGGACUCAGGUAAACGUAGCGGUCGAAGCGCACAAAGUCAGGCAACGAAUGCAGUGCGGUCGACUCUAAAUUGGUUUGGUAAGGCGGACGAGGAUGACUCAAAGGACACCUGCGAGGCGUCGCUCUGUUCAACUUUAAAGGAUUUAUUUGUGAAAUAAUUAACAGUGCGGCGACUGUUCAAGUAAAUAGGCACGCUCUGAUUUUGGGUAUGAGAUUCAAAAUAUGUAAGUGUGAUAUUUGAAGCGAUGGAGGUGUCAAGCGAUGAAAGCUAGUAGUUGUUAUUUUUUUUUAUACCUAUUAAAUGGUGAUUAAGUUUGUAUAAAAUAAAAACAGACAUUUAGAGUCUGAAGUACCUUCCGGUUCCUGUGUAUACAGAAAAAAACUAAGUACAUGUGUAUAUAAUAAUAUAGCGGAAUUAAUUAAAAUUAAUUAAAUGUAAUUGAAAAAAUGUACUAUAAUUAUUUAUUUAAGAAUUAAAUGGGGUUAGAAGAUAUAGAUUUAGUGGUAAAUCAAUUGAGUUUCAUCAAAAACGAGUAUAACCGAAUAAGUAUAGUGUAUUGUAAUAAUAUAAUCCACAGUCUAAAAUUUAUGGAUUUCUUGAAAUUAUUCUAAAAGUGCAGAGCUGCUAAGAAUGACCAGUUAAUUUUCAUUCCCAAAUACCCGCUGAUAAAUCAAAAAUUAUAUAUCAGGUGACUACGAGAUUUCCUAUUUGAUUUAAUAACAGAUAUAAUUUCUUUACGAUUUUAUUUUAAAUUUUUUAUUUUUUUAAUUUAGUUAAAAUAUUUGUAAUAUUUUUUUUAAUGAAAAUAAAAUUUUUAAUAGCAAACAACUUGGAUUAAAAAUUAAAUUUUAAAUAAAUUUUUAAGAAUUUAAACUUUUAAUUUUUAUUACAUUUAAUGUAAAAUUUUUCAGUUAAAAAAUUCUCAACUAUGCAUGCUACAUACUUAUUUUCUUUCUUGGCAAUGUUCAAAUGUUCAAAAAGUAUCGCGAAUUUUGUGUUUUUUCAAAAAUUAUUUAUUUAUUCAUGAAUAUCUAUUUUGUGCCCUUCAAAGUAAUCCUUCAAUAAAGUCUCGCAGUUUAGGAUAAUUCUUUUCAGCAUGCAUCAACGGUACUCUACGUCGUACCACUUGCCCUUUUAUCUGGUAUAACUUUUUGGAUUUAAAUAUAAUAUUCCUGUUGUAAUACUCUUAUGCCAACGAUUUUUCAUACCCUCUAAACACUUUCUAUAAGCACUUUGGCCUUCAGCAAAUUUUGUUUUAUUUCUUCGAUGGACUGAAAACCGGUUCUUCGGAGCGGCAAUUUAAUUUUGGGGAAAAAGAAAAAAUCUGUAGCCAAAUCUGGUGAAUAUGAUGAUUGAUCGAUGUUAUUCAUCGCGUUUUUGGCUUUAAAUUCGAUCACAAUCGUGGUUCGAUGCGAUAGUGCAUUAUCAUCGUGUAAAUCCAUGAGUUAUUCUUCCACAACUCCGACCGUUUUCGACGAAUGUUCUCACGCAAACGACUCAACACAGCAAAUUAAAACUCCUUAUUGACCGAUUGAUCAUGAUGGACCAAAAAACGAAUGUCGAAAAAAACAAUAAAUUGAUGAAGUUGACAAGGUGAUGAUGUUUGAGCGCUUUUGGCGUGAGUUUUUUUGGUUUCGGCUCGUUUUUUUUCUAAUUCUUUGUUUGCAUAUUUUCAUGUACAACCAAUGUCUUAUCGGCAUUUAUAAUGCUCUCCACGAAUGUGGAAUUGAAAUUCUCGGGAUCAAGCAUGUCCAAAGAGACAUGUUAACGGUACUAUUUUUGAAAAAAAAUCAGCUUUAUCGUGACGAGUCGAGAAAUAAUGCAUUUCAUACCAAAAAUAUCCACCAAAGUCAUUUCGGACUCGCGAAAGAUGUUGAGCUCUCCUGCCAUCUCUCUAAAACUUGCCUGACAAUUUUCAAGCACUAUAUUCUUUACUCUUUUUAAUAGUUUCAUCAGUUGAAGAGAUCGAAAAUCGUCCAGAACGAGGUAUGUCUUCAACGAUCUCUCGAUUUGAAGGCUUUGUAUCAUUUGUAGGCUUGUGUUUUUGAUAAAACUGAAUUACUGCAAGUCUUUUCGAACAUUCGCAAUGAUACCGUGUUAGAAAUAUAAAAUUUGAUACUUUUAUUCAUUGUAAAAAUUGCAACGCUCUACUCGUACUGAGGUGCACCGACUUAGCAGCUGCUGUAAACCAACUGGUGGAUGCAGAUCGCGCUCAUAUUUGGCAUAGUAAUUAAGGGCGAUCUUACAACAUAGCAAAAUAUAUUCUUUUGAAAUAUCUUUUACCCGGUGGAUUUAAAACAAUUUCUGGGUGCUUUUUUGUCACAAUGUAUAGUUAUUUGCAUAGAUGUUAGGACCAAGGGAGCGAAAGAUAGAAAUAACUUCAAUAUUUCUAUUGAGUUACUUCAUUCAAGUAUUUUAUUUUCUAAUAUGUAAAUUUAAUUUUUUUCACUUUUGGUAGAUUAUUACACAAUCCGUAAGUGUUAUGGCGACUACUAUUGUAAUGAAAUUAUACUUUUGCUUAAUUGAAAUUAUUGCCUUACAUAUUCGUCAAAUAAUAUGUUUGAAAAUGAGAAUCUUUAAGAGGCUGGCAAGUUUAUAUAAAAUUUCAUGAUUGUAAAUGUGGAGUUCUUUAACUCAACGUGUAGACUAAAGUUCAUAUGUACAACUACCGCAAUUUCGUAGUUUCAAAUAAAAGCAAAUAUAUUAAAUACAGUUUAUGAAAUAAACAAUAAUAAAUAGAAUACACUAGUAAUUAUAAUUAGGAAUUAACAUACGGUACCACCUGCUACUAAAUGAGACAAAUUUCGCCAACAAAUUAAACCUAAUACAAUAUUACAAUAUUGUAUUUAUAAGCUCUGUCUAAAAGCAAGCAAUUAGUUGUAAUAAUAAAAUGCAAAAAUGUUGUUUAAACGCUGACGCUCUCUACACUUCUCACACUCGCUUCCGUUUACUGCGAUUUUUCGAAGAGAAUCACCGCAAUAAAUAUCUCACUGUGGCUAAAACUGAACAUUUGUUUUCUUUAUUUUUCACAUAACAGCCAAAUUAAAGCAAAAAGCGAAUAAAAUGAAAUACGUUAAUAAAAGUGCGUAAAUGGAAUUUUAAUAAAAAAAUAUAUAGCGACCAACAGUGCUCAUGGAGAGAUAUAAUGACUGCAAAACCAUAAACCAAAUAACUAAAAAUAAUUAAAUGCAAUAAAAACAAGUUUAUGAAACAAAUCUUGAUAUGCAAUGCAAAGAAAAAGUGCUACAAAAAACACUGAAAACAUAUAUAUGUAUAUAUUAUGUAUGUAUAUGUGCAACCGUUUGAAACAUUCCAUGUUUUUCAUAUACACAAAUUUGCAUUCCAUUCAAUUCAAUUGUGAAUAUGCUACUUAAAUGUUACAUAAUUAAAACGGUACUUUCAUAAAUGUGAUGUUUAAUGUUUUUUACUAAAAAAUAACAAUGUCAACUUUUUCUCAAUAUACUAUAUAUGUAUGUAUGUACUUCUGUAUAUAGAUAUGCGGCGUGUGAAUGGCAGGCUGUUAUGGUAAUUAUGGUGAUGGCGUCGAAAACAAAAAAUAACGCUAGAAUAUAUGAGUGCUCGUAUGGUACGAAAAUAACAAAAUAUACGAGUUUUUAUGCUUUAAUAAAUGUAUGCUAUUUUUUCGAAAUGUUUUUUAAUCCUUUUUAAUGGUCAAUUUAAUCGAAAAAUGUCAUAAAAAGAAAAUGCACAAUAUUAACUGCUAAUAAUGGUAGGUGAAAUAUUUAUUAUACAAACGUUAAAAUUGCUUUUUUUAAAUGCAUUCAAUAUAAUUUAUUUUAAACUCUGUUAACAAAAAAAAAGUAAAUAAACAAAUUGCACACCUGAGUGCAUCAGAUAAUAGAAUUUAUAUAAAAAAUGCUCUUAAAAUCCAAUCAAAUGAAAUGCAAAAGUUAACUCAACCAUUAAGCGCAAAUAUAUGAAUGCUAAAUAAGAUAACACGUUAGAAUGGCUAUGUAAAAUAAUACAAUACAGUUAACUAUAGUAAGUCAUGAAAAAAUAAAUCAAGAAAAAAUAAAUAAAUAAACUAAUUAAAUUAAUGUAUAGAGACGUAUGUAGGUAAGCGUAUGUUGAUUUUGAUAAACCUAAUCCACAUUCAUUCAUAUGUAAACAAUAUACGUAUUACAUAGCUAUAUACAUAUGUAUAUACCACCUGCAUAUGGCAAACAGUCAUUGGUGAAAUAAAAAUAAAAUAAUGUAUAAAUUAAAAUUUUAUGAAUACAUAUGUAAGUAAUUGAAGCCCACCAGUUUUGAUGUAACUAUGAUUGCAUUGACGCGCGCAAUUGUACAUAACGCGAUGCAUGUGUGUAUGUAAUAAACAAACAAGCUGGACUUGCCUACUAUAUAUACUACUGAAAAAUUCAAAAACAAAUCAAUAAUGACAAUACUAAUGCAUAUUGUGUUUAAUAUUUACCGUUGCUAGAUAUAUAUACAUUCUUACACGUACAAAAGUUUGGAUAUGCCUACAGCUGAACUCAAAUAAAUAUUCUAUUCAAAUAAAAUCCUGAAUUUAAUUUUCAAAAUGCUAUUAAUAUUAUUAAUGUAAACUCAAAUAAAAUACAUUGCAAACUUUAACUUGUAACUCGUAAACAGUGCAAAAUAAUACCUAAACUUUUAGCUUCAUUUUAUAGCACACAUGAGAAUUUCUAUUCGUUUUGAUUGUAGCGAAAGUCUUGAUACAAUACGACUUUGUUAAAAUUUUUUAAAGCGGCUUUGUUUUUUUUUUAAUAUUGACAACUAAUUAGUACGCCAAUCUUGCUAACACAAACAUAUAUAUGAUCUACUAUAUAUUAACACUCCUAUUGUGAAAGGCUGAUGGAUUAUAGCUGCCGU